CUCCGAUCCUUGGGGUUUCAGUUCUCGUCCGAACCUAGACCUGUGUACACGCACACAUACGGAGCUCGUGAUUCAAGUUCAGCAACAAAUUGUUGCGCGAGUGUGAAAAGAAAAAAAUAAGAAAAAUCGAAAAUAUGAAUUUAAUUCCGGUCUUGGUUGUGUCUCUCCUGGUGGUAGCGGAGGUACAGUCUGAGGCAUUCUUCGGUAUUCUGGGAGGAGGGAGAAAACAACCAACCCACCGAGCUCCAUACCCUUCGAACCAAGCUAGACCUCCCGGACGUCAGGUUAAGUCCUAUGGAGGUGGUCAGAAGUAUUCUCCCCCUGGUGGUAAAACUCAUGGAAACAAUAUUCCUGUCGCACAUGGAAAACCAAGCUACCCUAAGAAACCCUAUCCUUCCAAACCCUCUUAUCCAACCAAACCUUCUUAUCCAACUAAACCACACACAAAUCAGAGACCGUAUAAAUCUAAACCUAGAUAUCCUGCUGUAUCCAAUCAACCUACCCGGAACCCAGGUUAUGACCAGAAGCUGGAUUACUCAGGUUGGACUCCUAUUGGAUUUGACGAGAAACGUCCCUCUGCUCCGGUCUCAAGUUAUGUAUCUGAUGUUGUUACUCUAGAUGAUGCUAUUGCUAAUGCUCCGCUAGCAAACACAGAUGAUCUCAUCUCCUCUGCUAUAUACUCCGAACCUGCUCCUGAACCUAUUGUUAUCAGUUCUUUAUCCUCCUCCUCUAGUUCAAGCUACAGUGGACCAGUAUCUUCUUCUGCUCCUGUUCUCACCACGUAUGUGUCUCCUGCUCCAAUAGUGGUUCCAAGCAGCUACGGAGCUCCUGUUCCUGCUGUUCCUUAUAUACCUUCGACAGCUGAUAUUGUUCCAAGUUCUCAAUAUAACUCUCCUGCUCCUCAGUACAGCGCCCCCGCUCCUCAAUAUAGCGCUCCAGCUCCGGCGCCCCAAUAUAGUGCUUCAUCAUCAACUAGACAGUACAGCGCUCCGGCUCCUGCCCCUCAAUACAGUGCUCCUGCUCCAAAGUACAAUGCCCCAGCUCUUGCACCUCAAUACAGCGCUCCUGCUGCUGCUACUCAGUACAACUCUCCUGCUCCUGCUCCUCAAUACAACGCUCCUGCUGCAGCUGCUGCUCCUGCUCCACAGUACAGUGCUCCUGCUCCACAGUACAGUGCUCCUGCUCCUGCUCCUCAGUACUCUCCCCCUGCUCCUAAACCUGUCUCCGGACAGUAUAGUUCUCCUGCUGUCCCUCCUCCCUACGAGGCACCUAAAGCCAGCAACAAGAUUUCCUUGUCUAAGUAUAACACUCCUUCAUCUGAACCAACUAAGGCACCUGUUUUCAUUCCCGCCUACACUCCUGCUCCUUCUAACAGCUACGAUCCAAGCUCAUUCGGAGAAGAACAGUUCCCAAUUAUAUCUCUGAUCACAGCAGACAAUCAGCCAUCAGAAGAGGAGCAGUAUGUUUCAUUUUCAAUCGGAGAAGACUCCGGGUACAAUUUACCCCAGGAGGAACCACAACCCCAGUACCAGGAAGCUCCGGCUCCAGGUCAGUAUCAGAACACGGGGGUAGCAUCAAACCUAGCUGAGGAGGUUUCAUCCGGAUCCGUAUACGUUCAGAAUCCUAGCAUCGAUAAUGACGAGCUCUACUACAUCUACUACCAGGACCCGGAUCAAGAUCCGUCCUUCGGAGCUAAAGUACAAAAAGAGAGGGACGCAUCUCCAGAGGAGCUUGUGAACCCUAUCCCCUCCACCCUAGAUGCUAGUAGUACACAGAGUAUAGCUCCAGCUGAUGAUAUUGAACUGUUUGAAGAUGAAGAUGUUGAAUCUGAAAACCAGCGUGAUGUCAGGAAUCAAGAAGCUCAAGAAUUCUUCGGCAACUACAAGAAUAUCGGUGGACAUUCAAGCGUAAGCGUCAAUUUCAAUGUCGGAGGAAAAGCGUCAGGAUUUAGUUAUAAUCUUUAGAUUCUGAAUGUUGCGGGUCAGAAACCUUCAAACAAUCCACGCUUCUUUGUGAACAAUAGCAAUUCCUUCCCCGCAAACCAUAGAAACCGUAGGAAAUAAUGAGAUUAUUCAUAAAUCAUCUUCAACCAUUUUCCAACAUUAUCUGGAAACCGUUCCAAACUGUUUUUGCAAAAACCUUGAAUGUUAAACAUAUGAUUAAUUUGUGUAAGUUUAAACUAAUGGGAAGAAAAUGUUCUUCUCUCGACUCCAGUUCUCAAGAGUUUAUAAACCAGCUAGUCCGCCUCAUGUUUUCAUAAUCCCAGGGGUGUAUAUUUUUUAGACUAAUCCCUAAAUAUUGUUGGGAUCUUGUUUUUAUAUUUUUAUACAAGUUGGUUAAAUUGUUUUGUAUAUAUUGUCUCCUGAUCUGAAGUAAUUAGACCGAAGAUAAUAUUAUCCCGGUCAAAAUACAAUUUUGCAUGUCGAAGCUGCUUCCCGGCAUGUCAAAGAAGACCUUUGGCAUGUCUAAGUAAGCUAACGAAAUGCAGGACAGCCUGGCAUGCAUGAAUGCUAUAUUUUUUCCGGAAUUUUGUUAAACCACGUAGAUUCUAAAAGUAGAUAUUUAGAUAUCUGAAUAUCUGAAUAUCCGAAUAUCUGAAUAUAUGGAUAUCUGAAUAUUUGGCUAUCUGGACAUUAGGAUAUCUGAAUGUCUGAAUAUAUGGAUAUCUGGAUAUCUAAAUAUCUAAAUAUCUGAAUAUAUGGAUAUCUGUAUGUCUGAAUAUCUGGAUAUCUUGAUAUUUGAAUAUCUGAAUAAAUGGAUAUAUGGAUAUCUGGAUAUCUGGAUAUCUGAAUUGUUAUCAAGGCAUUCAGGUAUCCAGACAUUUAGACUGUUUAAUUUUUGUCUCGUUUACCAAGAAUGCUUCAUAUGAAACCAGACAUGAAAAUAUUUAACUAUAUUUUCUCUCUUUGAUGCAUUUAAAACCUUGUAUAA